CGGCGCCGUACGCGGCCGGAUCCAAUGCGGCGGCUGCUGGUGGUGGUGGUGGUGGUGUAGUGCGGGGGGCGGCGGGGCUGAUCUGAGGCUGCGGCGUCGUCGUCGUCGAGGAGGAGGAGGAGGAGGAGGAGGAGGAGUGGAAGGGGAUGUCGUCCGCGCCGGCGGCGGGCGGGGCGUUCGACCGGUACCAGCGGGCGGGCGCGCCGGCGGCGGCCGGCGGAAACACGGUUUUCAAGAGUGGGCCUCUCUUCAUUUCAUCAAAAGGACUUGGGUGGAAAUCAUGGAAAAAGCGGUGGUUCAUCCUCACACGAACAUCAUUGGUUUUCUUCAAGAGUGAUCCAAGUACCUUGCCCCAGAGAGGUGGUGAAGUGAAUGUUACUCUGGGAGGAAUUGACUUGAAUAAUUCUGGGAGUGUGGUAGUCAGAGAAGACAAAAAGUUAUUGACUGUACUUUUCCCAGAUGGUCGUGAUGGCCGUGCAUUCACCCUCAAGGCAGAAACUUCUGAAGAUUUAUUUGAGUGGAAAACAGCAUUAGAAGAGGCUCUUGCACAGGCUCCUAAUGCAGCUCUUGUGAUGGGACAUAAUGGGAUCUUUCGUAAUGAAACGACUGACACAUAUGAUGGAACUAUUCCAAAUUGGAGAGAGAAGAGGCCAAUCAAGUCGUUAGUUGUUGGCAGGCCAAUUCUGCUUGCACUUGAGGAUAUUGACGGAAGCCCUUCUUUUCUAGAAAAAGCUCUGCGCUUUCUUGAGAAAUAUGGGAUAAAGGUGGAAGGAAUCCUACGACAGGCUGCAGAUGUAGAGGAGGUUGACAGGAGAUUGCAGGAAUAUGAGCAAGGAAGGACGGAGUUUGCACCAGAUGAAGAUUCUCAUAUUGUUGGUGAUUGUGUAAAGCAUGUUCUCCGAGAGCUACCAUCCUCUCCAGUUCCUGCUUCUUGCUGUACAGCAUUAUUGGAAGCUUUUCGGCUGGAGACUAAGGAUGCUCGGGUAAAUGCUAUGCGCUCAGCUAUAGCUGAGACAUUUCCAGAGCCUAAUAGGCGUUUGCUACAGAGAAUUUUGAAAAUGAUGUAUACUGUCGCUUCUCAUACUUCUGAGAACCGAAUGACAGCAUCAGCAGUUGCUGCCUGCAUGGCUCCUCUGUUAUUGCGUCCACUUCUUGCUGGUGAAUGUGAGAUGGAUGAGGUAUUUGACAUGGAUGGCGAUGAUUCUGCACAGCUUCUUGCUGCUGCAAAUGCUGCUAAUAGUGCUCAAGGCAUUGUCACAACUCUCUUAGAGGAAUACGAGAGUAUAUUUGAUGGUGAACACAAUCUUAGAUGCUCACUGUCGCCAGAGUCUCAAAUUGAAGAUAGUGGUAGUGAGGCAUCAACGGAUGAUGUAAAUUUGGAUGUCAAGGGUAAUGGAUUUCAUGAUGCUGAAAAUGACGUAGAUCAGGAAAUGGAGGAUGACAAUGGCGCAGAACGAAUACUUAGUGGAAAACUGAGUGAGAGCAGUGGAUAUGCUGGCAGUGACCUGUAUGACUACAAGGUUGUUCAUGCUGAUGAUUCAGAUGCUGAACGCUCUGAAGAUACUAAGUUAGUUGAAGCAAAUAUUGAUUUAAGCAAAGGUCCAAAAAGUCAUCCAACGGAAAAUGGUUCAGCAUAUAUGGAAACAUUGCUGAGUGAAAAGAAUCCUUCUAACCCAAUAUCUAGCCAUGAGGCUCCAUUAUCUAUGGGAGAAAUACUUUCUUCCUUGGAUCCUGGAAUAUCUUUGCCUAAUCACAGCAGUGAAUAUUCUGUAGAAAGCAGACAGCUAGCCAAAGUCAAUGAAUCUCACCCGCAUGUGAAACGCAGUAACUUUUGGGGGAGGAAUACUGCAAGAAAGAGCCAACAUUCAGAAUCAGUUGACUCAUCUGGUGAAGAAGAGCUUUCUAUUCAAAGGCUCGAAAUCGCAAAGAAUGAUCUGCAGAACAGAAUUGCCAAAGAGGCUAGGGGUAAUGCAAUUCUACAGGCAAGUUUGGAAAGAAGGAAACAAGCACUGCAUGAACGCCGUUUGGCCCUGGAACAGGAUGUGUCCAGGUUGCAAGAGCAACUACAGGCAGAGAGAGAUCUUAGAGCUGCAUUGGAGGUUGGGUUGAGCAUGUCUUCCAGUCAGUUUUCAAGUUCACGUGCUAUGGACACAAAGACGAGAGCAGAGCUUGAGGAGAUUGCACUUGCUGAAGCUGAUGUUGCAAGGUUGAAGCAAAAGGUUGCAGAGCUGCACCUCCAACUCAACCAACAGCGCCAACACCAGUAUGGCCCAACAGUAGAUGGAAACGAUCGUUACCACCGUAUUCCUGGCCAUUUUUCGCAGCAGAACUUUGUUCAGCCAGGAUUUGACAUGAACCUUGCCUUUUGCAACCAAGAGAAGCAGAGGAAUGAGGAGAGCUCGCUGGACACAUCACAAUGGAGAAAUAUCAAGCAGCAUGUGCUACCUUAUGGUUCUUCAAGACCACUCACCCGCAAGCUCUCUAUGGAUGCAUCUUCAAGUGAUUCAAGAGGAGUGGAGGCAUCGACGAGCAUGCCAACAGAGAACACUGCUAUGGCUAUCAAUGCCCCAAAGUUUACUGAGGGUGUUGAAUACGGGAGGCAGCCAAUGGUGGCGUCCUCCACUUUGGUAGAACUGACAACUAGGCUAGACUUCUUCAAAGAGCGGAGGUCACAACUGAUGGAGCAACUCCAUAGUCUCGAUUUAGGACAUGGAUCUGCUUCUCAGGGUUUUUCAUUCAACAAGCCACCCUCCCCUUGGGACAGUCCAAGGUAGGAUGCUCAUUCAGUUCCAUGAUUGUAUAUUCUUGGUAGAUAAUCUGUCCCGUCCAUGUUAAUCAUUUGUAGAAAUUGCUGUUGAGAAUGUAAAUUUAUUUUUGUUCUCCAAUAUGGUUUUUAUCGUAUCGCUUUGCACGAGCUAGCAACUUGAGUGUGAUGUUAUAGUCUCUUAUAUGUAAUGUGUCAAGGGGGUGCCAUUGAAACAAUUUUUCAAGCGUUAUCACAGUAUAUAUAUCUGUAUUUUUUGUGUGGCAGUUCAAAUGAAUAGAGUGACUUGUUUAAUGGUCGUUUGGUUUA